GCGGACCGGAGAUCGAGGCGGCGGGCAGCUCCCUGCCGGUGGAACCGAGCGCCGCCGGGCGCAGCGCCGCGGCCAGCACAGGUCCAGAGCCGGGACCGCAGCCCCUUCUGAGCAACCUCGGAAACAGAGCGAGGAGAUGGCCACCAAGGAGAAGCUGCAGUGUCUGAAGGACUUCCACAAGGACAUCCUGAAGCCAUCGCCGGGGAAGAGCCCGGGCACGCGGCCCGAGGAUGAGGCCGAGGGCAAGCCCCCGCAGAGGGAGAAGUGGGCCAGCAAGAUCGACUUCGUGCUGUCCGUGGCCGGCGGCUUCGUGGGUCUGGGCAACGUCUGGCGGUUCCCAUACCUCUGCUACAAAAAUGGUGGAGGUGCAUUUCUCAUACCGUAUUUCAUUUUUCUGUUUGGGAGUGGCCUGCCUGUGUUUUUCCUGGAGAUAAUCAUAGGCCAGUACACCUCUGAAGGCGGCAUCACAUGCUGGGAGAAGAUCUGCCCCUUGUUCUCUGGCAUUGGCUACGCCUCCAUUGUGAUCGUGUCGCUCCUGAACGUCUACUACAUCGUCAUCCUGGCCUGGGCCACCUACUACCUGUUCCAGUCCUUCCAGAAGGAGCUGCCCUGGGCACACUGCAACCACAGCUGGAACACGCCACAGUGCAUGGAGGACACCAUGCGCAAGAACAAGAGUGUGUGGCUCCCCCUCAGCACCACCAACUUCACCUCGCCCGUCACCGAGUUCUGGGAGCGCAACGUGCUAAGCCUGUCCCCUGGGAUCGACCACCCGGGCGCUCUGAAGUGGGACCUUGCGCUCUGCCUUCUCUUCGUCUGGCUGAUCUGCUUCUUCUGCAUCUGGAAGGGAGUCAGGUCCACGGGGAAGGUCGUCUACUUCACAGCCACGUUCCCGUUCGCCAUGCUCCUGGUGCUCUUGGUGCGGGGCCUGACGCUGCCCGGGGCAGGCGCAGGCAUCAAGUUCUACCUGUACCCCGACAUCACGCGCCUCGAGGACCCACAGGUGUGGAUUGAUGCUGGAACCCAAAUAUUCUUCUCUUAUGCCAUCUGCUUGGGGGCCAUGACGUCACUGGGGAGCUACAACAAGUACAAGUACAACUCGUACAGGGACUGUAUGCUGCUGGGAUGCCUGAACAGUGGUACCAGUUUUGUGUCUGGCUUCGCAAUUUUUUCCAUCCUGGGCUUCAUGGCACAAGAGCAAGGGGUGGACAUUGCUGAUGUGGCUGAGUCAGGUCCUGGCUUGGCCUUCAUCGCCUACCCGAAAGCUGUGACCAUGAUGCCGCUGCCUACCUUUUGGUCCAUUCUCUUUUUUAUUAUGCUUCUCUUGCUUGGACUGGAUAGCCAGUUUGUUGAAGUCGAAGGACAGAUCACGUCCUUGGUUGAUCUUUACCCAUCCUUCCUAAGGAAGGGUUAUCGUCGGGAAAUCUUCAUCGCCAUCGUGUGUAGCAUCAGCUACCUGCUGGGGCUGACGAUGGUGACGGAGGGUGGCAUGUAUGUGUUUCAACUCUUUGACUACUAUGCAGCUAGUGGUGUAUGCCUCCUGUGGGUUGCAUUCUUUGAAUGUUUUGUUAUUGCCUGGAUCUACGGUGGUGAUAACUUUUAUGACGGUAUUGAGGACAUGAUCGGCUACCGGCCCGGGCCCUGGAUGAAGUACAGCUGGGCUGUGAUCACUCCUGUUCUCUGUGUUGGAUGUUUCGUCUUCUCGCUCGUCAAGUACGUACCCCUGACCUACAACAAAGUCUACGUGUACCCGGACUGGGCCAUCGGGCUGGGCUGGUGCCUGGCCCUGUCCUCCAUGGUGUGCAUCCCCUUGGUCAUCGUCAUCCGCCUCUGCCAGACAGAGGGACCCUUCCUCGUGAGACUCAAAUACCUGCUGGCCCCCAGGGAACCCAACCGCUGGGCCGUGGAGCGGGAGGGCGCCACACCCUACAAGUCGCGCCUGUCGCUGAAUGGCACGCUCAUGAAACCCACGCACAUCAUUGUGGAGACCAUGAUGUGAGCGCGCGGGUCUCCGCCGUGGCUGCUUUCCUGCUGUUUACUAACAUUAGAUUCUCAUAGGACCAGGUUUACAGAGCUUUAUAUUUGCACUAGGAUUUUUUUUAAUUGUCACAGGAAAUGUUACUCUGUGCGUAUGUAUGUGUGUGUGCGUGUGUGUCAUGUGUUGAUUAGGGGAUACUUUGUACAAAAAGAAACCCCACGGGCCAAGGUCCGGGGCCAGGCAGAGCUUUCCUAUGGAAUUAGAUGUAUUUUAUGAGAAUUUGGUACAUUUUUCUUGGUAUUGUUUUUUACUUGGAACUUUAUCUAUACUUUGACCACUUGAAGUGAUCUUGCCAGCAAUAGAUCUCGUUUUCAAAAGCAGUCCUUCGGUGCUCUUGUAGCUGGCACAAAGUUCUGCCCGCAGACACAGGGGGCGUCUUCCUGGGCCGGCAGGCCCAUCGCGCAGGUGUAGCGCCUCCCAAAGCCUGGUUCAGGGGAAGGAAGCGGCAGGGGCAAGGGCUGCGAGCAGCCUCUCCCUGUUCACGUUGUAGCCAAGAGAGAUGCCAAAAUGACAGCCCCUUCCCGGAGGCGAGCCGAGGCCCCAUACACCAAUCCGAUUCCAGGGUGGUGGAAGCCUUCGCCCCCAAGCACUCGUGAAUUUGGAGAUGGAGUGGAUAGUUUGCAGGAUCCCUGCGGGGCCAGGGAGACAUCCCAGGGGGCUUGGGUGUGGGGGGUCUUUCCCAGGGUGCAGCCCAGGUCCAUCGCAGGUCCUGGUCAUUUCCUCACCUGGGAAGGAGCUGUUCAGGGCUCAGGGGCCAGUGGACCAAAGGUAUGCCCCGGCUCCUAGAGGAAGAGCAGCCCUGGGGCUCCCAGCUUCCGUGGGGGGAAGCAGUCCCCAGUUCUCCACCCUGUUCAGGCACAGGGGCAGCCUAUGAUGGUGAUCCCCUCCCCCAGUGCCUCCUGGGCUCAAACAUUGCCGGGGGACUGAGAGCAGAAGGCUAGGCGUGUCCAGGGUACUUGCCCAGCAGCCUUGCUAGAGCCGAGUCCUUCUCAGAACCAGGAUGGAGGAGUGCCACACCUUUAGAAUUCUGUGUGCCGCCCACUGUCCGGAUCUCAGCUGUGCCAUUUCUACAGUCACUGGAACCUGAAAAACAUCACGCACAAAGCACAAACUGCCUGGAGCCACAAGCUCAGGGGGUAUGGCUGAAGUGUGUGGAGUAGGGACUCGCAGAAUCCUGGAAGCUCCCUCCCCAGCUGCGGGAGGGGGAGGAGCCUCAGGUGUCUCCCUCCCAUGGGGCAACCCUGGCCUCUGGCAGGGGCCCACAUACACAUUCUGUUUCCAAAGCCGAAUGCUCUGCCAAACCCCCUGCCCCGUUCCAAACCAUUGGUGACUGUACCACGUUCCUGUUGGCCAUGUCUGUAUGGGUGCCGUUGUGUCUGGAUUCAUUUGACUGUCGGUUCUUCCUUUUACCGAGUAGCAAUGUGACCUGUUUGUCUUAGGGAACUUUGGUAAACUAACCACUCCCGGUGAUGGAAGACAGGUGCCACGGGGGCGGGCACAUGAGGCUUGGCUUGCAGUGGCUACCAGGGCAUUUGUGCUUGUCCCGGUCUCCAGCUCCCCCCGGGGGGCGCCUCCCACCCUCCCUGACAGGCUCCUGUGUUUUGGGUCGGCGGGCAGACUGUAACUCUCUGGAAAUGGCCUAAGGAGGGGGACUCUUUUCUUGCAAGAUUCCCAGACCAAAUUCUAGACCAAAGAUACACACAGACCAAGUCCCCAGCCCCACGUGGGCCAAGGGUCAGCCGCUUGCCCAAGCCCGCUCCUCUGGCCCCAGGCACCUGUCUUCUCACCUGCCCUGCUGCCCCGCCCCUGGUCCCCUCGGCUCUUGUGUGUGCAAUGUGUGAUGACUUCGACGUGUCUCCUUAUAAAUGAAACUUUGCGUUUGAGCUGUAACUCUGGUCCCCGUGCCUCUGAGAGUGGGUGGAGUCCUCGCCUGCUCUCUGCCUGGGACGGGUCGGGAAUUCUGAUGCGAACUCAUAGCCUGGUCGGCCGGACCUGGAAAGGCAGCCAGAGAGGGGUUUUUUAAGGUGAAGGCAAGGGUGAGGGCCCCGGGGGAUGCUUCCCUGAGUGAGGCCCAUUCCAUCCCCCUCAGUGGAGAGUCCCCCGGUGCAACACACUCAUUGUGGUGGGGUGGGGUCCGAGUCCCAGAGCAGGGAGAGAUGGAUACCUCGGGCUGCAGGGAGGAGGGUUGAGCACCUGUUCACCCCAGCCACCCUAGAGGGCCCCUCUCUGCCCCAUGGCCUUCACGGGCUAGGAAGUAAGAAGCCUGUUUGCACGAAAGAAAACGGAGGCCCACUCCAAACAUGGCUGGAAAUUUCCCAUGUAGCUUCGCGCUAACAGGAAGCAGCCCUCUGUCUCUGGUCCCUGAAGCUGCGGUGCAGCAGGGAGCAGAGGGCACCCCUGGUGCCCCCGCACACCCGUUGGUGGCCCUGCCAGCAUCUCCUGCCACUGCCCUUGCCGAUGGGCAGAUGCUGUGAGCAGCCCGGCUGAAGGCAGAGGCCCUCGGCCCCCCAAAACUCAGCCAGGAAGGGACCUCUGCCCUCUUAUCCCAUGAGGUCCCAGCCAGCCUCCGACCCAGGGCCAGGCUGCCCACCUGGAUGCUCUAGAUGCCACUGUGUGCAAAUGCCCCUCACAUACAAGACCUAACCGAAAACCCAGGGCUCCCAGCUCCGAGAGGCGGGCAGCCCGCCCCCAUCCCCGUCCCCGCCUGACCCUCAAAUACCUUGUAUCAGUAGGAAGCUGUGCUGAGCGUUCUCUCGUGGGUGUCACUACAGCCGUGUCCAACACGGUCCCUGAGGGAACACGACCUUGUUAGAUUUGACUUCACAUUUAGACCGUAGCUCCAUUUCUUUCUGUUUUACCCAAUUAAUCCUGCGAUCCUUAGCAACUGUGACGCUGUAUUUAGCACAAGAGAAAGCUGAGAGUGUGGGUCUAACCUCCUUCCAGAAAUGUGUCUGGCUCAUCCAGACAUUUUUUUAAAGCUUCAAAAUAUUUUUAAGAUAUUUUAAACUUUUGUACAAAAAAUUUUGAAAAAAACCAACCAACCAUGGACUCUCCUGAGGAGGAGCGUGCGAGUUUGAGCAAGACCCGUGGUGUGAAAUCCAGCCGUGCAGUCCUGAGCGUUGUUGUGUCAACUUGUCAGGAUACGGACCCCUGCAUUUCGCAGGGCUUGUUUUUCCUCUUUUGCUUUUUAGAUAAAUAUGGAUAUUGAUAUUUUAAAUUCAUCUUUGCUUUUUUAGAGGAGUUUGUAAUCACCUUAUAACAUGAAAAUAAACAUUUCCUUUUUCA